UUGCGAUAGGAUAUUAGGAUCCGAGGAAAAAGAAGAAGAAGAAGAAGAAAGGAUGGCGAGUAGCUUAGGGAUAGUCGCUGUUAAUCCGUCGUGUUCUGGAGAUCGCUUCUUAAGACCUAACUUCUCAGUCACCACUUGCUGCUGCUUCUCUUCGUCUGUCUGUUUACGUAGCUGGCGCGGACGAAUCAAUGUCGGAACCGUCGUGAAUCCAGCUCCAAGACGCCACGACGUCGGGGGAUUGUUAGUUUCUGGUUGUCUCUCUUCACCGGAUUCGUCAUCUCCACCGUCUUCUAUCUCUGGUCCGAAGACGAAACUGUAUGUUAGUGGGCUUUCUUUCCGUACAACUGAAGAUAACUUAAGAAAUGUUUUUGAACAAUUUGGCAAGCUUACACUUGUUAACUUGGUGAUGGAUAAGGUAGCAAAUAGACCAAGAGGAUUUGCUUUCCUGAGGUAUGAGACUGAGGAGGAGUCCAUGAAAGCUAUUCAAGGGAUGCACGGAAAGUUUUUGGAUGGAAGAGUUAUAUUCGUGGAGGAAGCUAAACCCAAAUCAGAUCUUCAAAGAGCUAAACCCAGAUCAGAUUUCAACAAAGCUCAGACCAAACCUCGCACCUUCCGCACCUGGUAGCUGUUUUUGAUUCUGUCUUCAUACUGUAAUUCUUUACAAUUUUCAAUCUAGUUCUAAAGUUUAUACAAUGGACUCGUUGGUUAACUCAGUUACAAUAGUCUAAAGUAUUAUUAUUUUA